AUGACAAAUGCACCUGCAUUCGGCAUUGUUUUUCGGGAACUAAAUCAAUUACAAGCGAUGGUGAUAUAUGGUGUGUUGGAUUUUCGAUUGAAUUUUAGUUUAGAUACAAAGUGUAAAAGGCGCAGUAUUUACCCCUGCAAGCAGAAACUGCCCAGGCGAAGCAUUCCGCAGAACGCUUUAAUGUCAAAUGGGCACACAUUGAUAAACAUAAUAAAGGGAAGUAAUUCCAAUGGCAAAUCUCGAAGCACAAAUGCAAGAUUGGUCUACUCCAUCGAAAAGAACGUCAUCGAGGAAGAGACCGGGUCUCCUAUCUUUGAAAUCGAAUCGGAAACGGGAGUGAUUAAGACGGCCGUAUGUUGUUUAGAUCGUGAACGUACGCCCGAUUAUUCCAUCCAGGUGGUUGCGAUGGACGGUGGUGGUUUAAAAGGAACUGGGACUGCUAGUAUUCGUGUUAAAGAUAUAAACGAUAUGCCUCCCGCGUUCACAAAAGAUGAGUGGUUAACUGAAGUAGACGAAACUGAUGGUAGCGCACUGCCGGAAAUGCCUAUUCUUACCGUAACUGUGCAUGAUGAAGACGAAACUAAUAAGUUCCAAUACAAGGUACUUGAAAGCAGCGGCUACGGUGCAGACAAAUUUACAAUGGUACGGAACAACGACGGUACCGGCUCCUUAAAAAUAGUCCAGCCCCUGGACUAUGAAGACCUUCUUCAGAGCAACGGAUUCCGAUUCCGCAUCCAGGUGAACGACAAGGGUGAAGACAACGACAACGACAAGUACCACGUGGCUUAUUCAUGGGUAGUUGUGAAAUUACGGGAUAUCAAUGAUAAUAAGCCAGUUUUUGAAAGACCCAAUAUCGAAGUCAGUGUGCCAGAAAACGCAGAAAUUGGUAAAAGUUUAGAUACUUUCAAAGCAACGGAUCCCGACCAAGGUGGAAAAAGCAAGGUAUCAUAUUCAAUUGAUAGAAGCUCAGACAGGAAAAGACAAUUUUCGAUAAAUCAAUCCGGUACCGUCAGUAUCCAAAGAUCUCUGGAUCGUGAAGAUACACCAAGGCAUCAAGUGAAAAUUUUAGCUAUUGACGAUGGCAUUCCUCCAAAAACUGCCACAGCUACUUUAACAGUGAUUGUUCAAGAUAUCAACGACAAUGCACCCACAUUCCUUAAGGAUUAUAGGCCUGUUAUUCCUGAACAUGUGGCUCCCAAAAAGGUGGUUGAAAUUCUAGCAACAGAUGAUGAUGAUCGAUCGAAAAGUAACGGACCGCCAUUCCAAUUCCGAUUGGAUCCAAGUGCCAGCGAUAGAGUUCGGGCCAGUUUCAGAGUUGAGCAAGAUCAAAAGGGUGCUAACGGUGAUGGCAUGGCCAUUGUCACGUCCUUAAAGUCUUUCGACCGAGAGCAGGAAAAGGAAUACCACAUUCCGAUUGUAAUCAAAGAUCACGGUAAUCCUGCUAUGACAGGCACCAGCACACUUACCGUUAUUAUCGGCGAUAAUAACGAUAAUAAAAUGCAACCUGGGUCGAAGAAUAUAUUCGUGUACAACUAUCAAGGUCAAGCUCCGGAAACAGAAAUAGGUCGAGUGUACGUCUACGAUUUGGAUGACUGGGACUUGCCUGAUAAGAAAUUCCAUUGGGAGACAAGCAACGUGGCACAUCCGAGGUUCAAACUCAACGAAGAUACAGGGAUGAUAUCUAUGUUACAGGGCACUCGAGACGGAGUUUAUUAUUUGAAAUUUAAGGUUUAUGAUCGAAAACACACUCAGAACGAUGUUCCGGCAAACGUUACGGUGACCGUAAAAGAAAUACCUCAUGAAGCAGUUAUCAAUUCAGGAUCAGUGCGAAUUGCCGGUAUAACUGACGAGCAGUUUAUUCGAGUUUGGGAUUUCAAAUUGAAAGAUCUACCGAAAUCGAUGGCGGAGAAAUUUAAGGACAAAAUAGCAGAUCUUCUAAGCAUCAACCGAGAAAAUGUGGACGUGUUUAGUGUACAACUGCGUCGAAAGCAUCCUCCAGUAACAGAUGUUCGAUUUUCUGCUCAUGGAGGUUCCCCGUACUACAAACCUGUCAGGUUGAACGGCAUGGUUCUGAUGCACCGAGAAGAAAUCGAGAGAGCUGUUGGCAUUAAUAUCACUAUGGUGGGUAUAGAUGAGUGCUUAUACGAAAACCAGAUGUGCGAAGGAUCUUGCACAAACACGUUGGAUAUAAGUGCCUUGCCGUACAUGGUUAAUGCAAACAAAACAGCUCUGGUUGGUGUGAGAGUGGAUGUAUUGGCGGAAUGCACUUGUGGCGCCAGAAACUUUUCCAAAGAAGAAAAUUGCAGAAACACUCCGUGCUACAAUGGGGGACGAUGUAGCGAAACCAGAUUUUCAUUAACAUGUUCCUGUCCCGCAGGAUAUAAUGGUCCUCGUUGUCAACAAACCUCUCGAAGCUUCCGGGGUUACGGUUGGGCUUGGUAUCCAGCUCUAGACAUGUGCGACAAAAGUCAUCUUCACUUUGAAUUUAUAACGAGAAAAGACGAUGGCUUGUUGCUGUACAAUGGGCCUAUUGUACCACCAGAAAAGGACGAAGUGAUGGUUUCCGACUACAUUGCAGUGGAGCUUGAAAGAGGCUAUCCCAGAUUAUUGCUAGAUUUCGGAUCGGGAACCUUAGAAAUGAGGGUGAAGCCCAAUAAAUCGUUGAAUGAUGGUGAAUGGCAUCGACUGGAUAUAUUCUGGGACACUGAAAACGUGCGGAUGGUUUUGGAUUACUGCAAAUCUGCUAAUAUCACUGAAUUUGAAAAUGGCACUCGUCCAGAAUUUGAUGAUAGUAGUUGCCAGGCUCAAGGCACUAUUCCUCCAUUCAACGAAUAUCUGAACGUAAAUGCGCCUCUCCAGUUGGGAGGUUUAUACGUUGAGCAAUUCGACCCCACUCAUUAUCACUGGCAGUACAUGCCUGAGGGCAAGAGUUUCGACGGUUGCAUCCGAAAUCUUUUCCACAAUUCCAAGCUCUAUGACUUGGCACAUCCUGGACUAUCCAGACAUAGCGAGGCAGGUUGUCCACAAACUGACGAAGUCUGCCAUCGAUCAGAUACAACGUCCGGAUGUUGGGAACAUGGAACGUGCAUCGGCAGUAUGAAUGAAGCAAAAUGCCAAUGCCAUCCAGGAUGGACCGGACCCUCAUGUGCCAUCCCAACCAUUCCUACCAGCUUCCGGCCACAAUCGUACGUCAAAUACGCUCUGAGUUUUGAACCAGAUCGUUUCUCCACUCAGAUUCAGCUGCGAUUUAGAACACGCGAAGUGCACGGCGAAUUGUUUCGGGUUUCUGAUCAACACAAUCGCGAAUACGGAAUUCUGGAAAUCAAAGACGCGCGGUUGUAUUUCCGUUACAACCUAAACUCGCUUAGGACAGAAGAAAAAGAUAUUUGGUUGAGCGCAGUACCGGUUGAUGAUGGACAAUGGCACGUGGCCCGCGUUUCACGAUAUGGCAGUGCGGCAACGUUGGAGCUUGAUGGUGGCGAGGGACGAAGAUUUAACGAAACGUUUGACUUUGUCGGUCACCAAUGGCUCAUGGUCGACAAGCAGGAGGGAGUAUACGCUGGCGGCAAGGCCGAGUAUACUGGAGUGAGGACUUUCGAGGUGUAUGCAGACUAUCAGAAAGGUGAGUUUACGUCUUAG